AUAAAGAAUAGGUUUAAUCAUAAAUAAGCUUAAAUAAAUCAUAUAGUUUAUUCAUGAUAUAAAAGUUAAUAGGUCUACCUAUCUACUAUCUAUAUCUGCUAUAAUACUUGUUAGGUAGGUACUAUGUAAUAAAAUAAAAAUAAUGGUUUAAUAGCAAUUAUAAUGUGAUUGUGUAAACUUAAAAUAGGUAGGUACUUCACAGCCAUUAUACUUGUUCGCUCUGUACAGCUGUUUGGUCCGUGGAAUAGGUAUAAACACCGUUAAAUUUCACCAAAUUUUUAAUUAAAUAAUACUUUGAAAAAUAUGUAAAAUGGUUUAUGAAAACAUUUAUUUUGUUUUCAUCACGUUGUUGUCAUAAUUUAUUAAUUGAAUAUUACAAUUUCUUUAAAUUUAUUUAAUAAAGUUUUAUAGAGAAUGCAAAACAAAAAUAAUUGUUAUCCAAAAGCAGUAUGGUAUAUAUUUGGAAACGAACUGUGUGAACGGUUUAGUUAUUAUGGACUCAAAACUACUUUGGUUUUAUUUUUUACAAUUAUUCAAAAAUACGACCAUGAUACUUCCACUAUUAUAUUUCAUAUGUUUAUGGUAUUUUCAUACAUAUCACCAUUGUUUGGAGCCAUCAUCGCAGAUUCAUACUGGGGAAAAUAUAGAACUAUCUUCAUCUUGUCUAUUGUACACGCAAUUGGAAAUAUCUUAGUGGCUAUUGCAUCUCUUGUCACUUCAGUCAGUUUACAAUUUCAGAGAUCAUUUACAAUAAUUGGUUUAUUGUUAACAUCAAUCGGAGCCGGUGGUAUAAAACCAUGCGUCUCUGCUUUUGGCGGUGACCAAUUUGUUCUACCAGAUCAAGAAGAUCGUCUGCAAAUGUUCUUUUCAAUAUUUUACUUUGCAAUCAAUUUAGGGUCGUUGUUAUCGUCGGCCAUUACACCGGAGCUGAGGAAAUCAGUUCAGUGUUUUGGCAAAGAUUCAUGUUUUCCAUUAGCGUUUGGGGUUCCUGCUAUCCUUAUGGUGAUGUCUAUAGUAUUCUUUGUAAGUGCCAAGAACCUGUAUAAGAUUAUUAAACCAACGUCCAGUAUCAUUACUACUUCAAUUGGAUGCAUAUUUCAUGCAUUGAAAAACAAAAUAACCACUACUUCAAAUGAAGCGAAAAGGAAAGAUUGGUUGAAAUAUGCAAAUGAUAAGUACAAUGCACAGCAAAUAUCUGAACUGAGGUCAGCAUUAGCCAUUAUGUAUUUGUUUAUUCCAGUCCCAAUGUUUUUCGCACUUUUUGAUCAACAAGGAUCUCGUUGGAUUUUGCAAGGAACGCUAAUGAACGGCAAGAUCGAUUUUUUAAAUUGGAUUAUAAAGCCUGAUCAAAUACAUUUAAUCAACCCACUGUUCGUUUUAAUAUUUAUACCACUUUUUAAUGCUAUCGUCUAUCCCCUUUUGUAUAAAAUUGGUAUAAAUACAGCAUUACGAAAAAUCAGUCUUGGUGGAAUGUUUGCCGCACUGUCAUUUGUCUGUGCUGCAGUUGUCCAAUACACGAUAACUGGGCAAACCUUUGCAGUACCAUCAAAUGAAGGCCAAUUAAGAAUAUACAAUAAUUUUGAUUGCAAUGCAGCCAUAUCCGGAUCUUUGGUUGGAAACUUCAGUACUGACAAAUUAGAUGUACUUCAUAUUAAUUAUAGUUCAACUGUAUUUAACGAAACCGAUGUCUUAUCCAUAGACUUACAUCCUACGUGCAAAUUAAAAAUGAGUAAUUUGAAACAACAUGUUUUCAUCGACAAAGGAAGGGUUUCGUCAUAUUUGUUGACGUCGAAUAAUGUUGAUAUUGAAUUAAAAUAUUUGAACGAAUUGAAGAAAUUAAAGAACGGAAAUUCAAAUCUUAGGAUUUUGCAUAAUAAUUUCUCCGACCAAAACAUUGCAUUAAGGAAUACUAAUAAUAAAUUGUCAGAAAUAAGUUUCAAACUUUCAACGAACCAAGAUCAAAAUUAUGAAUUACCUGUCGGAACUUAUGACGUAUAUUUGGAUAAUGAACAUAUUUUGCAAAAUGUUGAUUUUCUCCCUUUUAGUAUUAAUGAUCUAUUACUUUAUCAUAACUUUAACCACACGAAUGCCAAGUUGAUCACUUUAGAAAAAGGUAAAUAUAUCCAUAUUCUGUGGCAAGUUCCUCAAGCGAUUUUAAUUACAGUAGCUGAAGUAAUGUUUGUGGUUACAUUAUUGGAAUUCUCAUUCACCCAAGCUCCAUUGAGUAUGAAAUCAUUUCUUUCAGCAGCCAAUUUGUGUACAACAGCGUUUGGAAAUUUACUUAUAGUUCUUAUCUCGAGAAUGGGACUAUUUGAAAAUCAAGGUCAUGAGUUCUUAUUUUAUGCAGUUUUAAUGGUUUUGGAUAUGAUACUUUUUAUGGUAAUGAGCACCAAAUACAAGUAUAGAUGUAUAAACACCCAAUGAACCUAAAGAAUAAACAGAAGAUUUUAAAUGUACUUAAGGAAAGACGUAGUUUUGCCAUUAAAUAUAUGUAAAUACCUAUUAAACUAUAAUAUAAAUAAACAUGUUUGUCAUCAUAAUUAGUACGAGUAUA